ACGACAUCAACAAGUGUUUCUAGCAUAUCAUAUCCAAAGUCAAGUAGCUAAUACAAAAUGUCUCAUUACGAAGAGGUAUUGCAUUGCCCCUACAAUGCUUCACACAGCAUUUUAGCUCACGCUAUGCAGCGUCAUCUGAUCAAGUGCAGAAAAAACUAUCCUUCUGCAAAAUUAGUCAAGUGCCCAUUCAAUUCUAUCCAUUGUGUGCCGGGUCCAGAACUGAAUAUGCAUGUGGAGAAAUGCGAAGAUCGUGCCACGUUGGAUCUCUACAAGUAUUGUAUUUCAAGCAAGCCAUCCAGCAAAAACAGUAGCUAUAAAGAUAGUGAACCGGAGUUGAUUUAUCAUGAUUCGGUCAAUACGCAAGGUCCAUCGGAGAGAUAUCUAGAUGACGGCGAAAGCUGGGAAAAUUCUAACACCCCCGCAUACAGUUCCCAGUCCUACUGUGGAGCAGCAAGAGAUGAUUGGAAAACAACAUCGAAGAAAUCAUCCGACAGACAGAAGUUUUAUCGCGAAGAACAUCCACGGAAUAAAAAGUUCAACACUACUGUGGAAAGUAAAACCGGCAAACCACAGACGAAUUGUAGAUCCAAUAACACCGCCUACGAUAAACCAUCCUUCAAGGGAUAUCGUGGCCGUGUUCCGGAGUCGAAAUAUUACAACGAGGAGCCCGUACAGGCUCCGGGAAAAACAUUGCUGGACGACGACGAAUGCUGGGAUGAUUCCGACGUUCCCGCUUACAAUCCACAGGAGUACUGUAAGAAUGCCAGGGUCAUAAGAAAGGCGACUCACAUGCAGCCUCAGCAGAAGAAAGAGUUUUAUCGACAGGAAAGUCGGCGGCUGAAAGGGCUGGAUGGUCAUUCCAAGAACAUUGGAAAAGAUCUUGAUGAAAUUAGUGACAAAUUUCGGAAAAGUAUGUUCGUCGGAUCUAAUUGAAAUUACAAACUGUUAAAAUAAAUUGAAUACAACUUAGUGUUAAUAAACAAAAA